CGCAACUAGAUUCCAGCAUUUUCCUUCCGCAUUCAGUCAUUGUGGCUGUGUUCAUGUUUCAAGGUCGACCGUUGUUGUUUUAGAACAGACACACUUUCAUUUCAUAAACAAAGUGGAGUAAAAACAAAUUGUGAGAACCAUGGACUCAAAAUCUGUGUUAUUUAGUUGGACUUGAUAUGUGAAAAAAACAAAACAUUACAAUGGAACGGCCAGCCUCGUCUUGAUUGGAUGUGUAGCUAGCAACAGUUUACACAUUAAAACAUACAGUUUGGACACAGGUAAACAGAAUUUCAAUUCAAAACAUAGAUUUAAUUCAAGUACAGGAGUGUGAAGAGUUUAAUCUUCAAUUCUUUUCAACCGCAGAAUGCUAUCAGUCUAUUGAGUGUGUGUCUUUAAGAUACUUGUACAACACAUCAUGAAAAGUGUAGUAUUUUAAAAUGUCUUUUGUUGUUGUUGUUUUUGUUUUUUUUGGUUGUAAUAGAAACACGACAGUGAUAGUAUUUAUAGACGUAUCAUAAUUGUAAAUGUUGAAGCCGCGAUCAUUGGAUGAUCACGGAAUGUCUGAAUGACAACAUGGUGUCAGAUGGGCAUUUAGGGAAAGAAAGACUGCUAAAAUAUUUUAAUUAUUGCGCUGAUGGUGCCCAACAGUCGGGGUAUAUAUAUAUAUAUAUAUAUAUAUAUAUAGUUUCUGUACAAGUGUGAUGUUGUGCAUGCUAAUUGAAUAGAAUCAUUUGAGACGCACACAAGUAAUGAUGUCACGGACAACGUUGAAAGGUCUUGUUAUGAUACUUCUAUCCAAUAGGUUACGAAAUAUGUGAGGAUGAAAGCAGGUAUAUCUAAUUAAUGCAAGAAAAGAAUACAUUUAUAUAUAUCCCAUACUGUAGAUGAUAUUAUUAUUUAAAUGAUUCUUUAUGAUGUGAAUGCAGUUUCGUUUCAAUAUAGUGCUUAGUUGUGUCAAGUGGACUUGAUAAGUCUCUCUUUGUGGAUGAUGUGGCAGUGACAGUUGCAAACAGCUACAUGGAUUUAGCUAAGCACCAUCUCGGUAUUACCCACAACAGCAGAGUGAAUAGUUUGAGUUUAUUAGCAGUACAGUAGCCUUUUUGAAAUAAAUUAACUGAUUUAACAUACAUUUUUUUGUUCAAAGAAAUAUCUCGUAUGCAUCGGCCGGUAUUUUGAUUUUCUCAUGGAGAACAAAUGGUCCACAACAAAAAUAAACGUUUUAUUUUCUUCGAAAGUUCAAGCUUAGUGGAAUUUUGUCAUCGGGGAAAUCCCUUAAUAUAUAUCUUCUAAGCCAGCGGUUCUCAGCCUGUGGGUCACGACCCUUUGGGGGGGGGGGGGGGGGGGGGACCUUUUGUCCCUUUCCAGGGGGNGGGGGGUCGACACAACAUGAGGAACUGUAUUAAAGGGUCGGAGCAUUAGGAAGGUUGAGAACCGCUGUUCUAGACUUUUCUUUCGACUCGUCUCGCCCCGGUGGUUUGAAUUUGGGGGGGGGGGGUACGGAGGUGUCCAUUCGGGACACUACGCAACCUCAUUAAAAUAACGCCAGCAUCAAAUAAUUGAAUCUCUAGUCAGGAGCAAAAAGGGAAAACUCAUUGUCCUUUUUUUUUUAAUGCUUAAAAAUAAUAAAAAUACACACUUACCGUAAAAACUUGAAGGAACUUUUCUGCGAGAACUUUUGAGAGUGUACAUAGGCUUUCAAAUUCAUCUUCGUUUGAUGUAGCACAAAGCUCUGAAGCUAAUCAAUUGUAAUUUGUUCGGACCUCAAAGGAUAUUUCGUUUUUGAAAAAUAAAAACAGUCAGGCUUCUCAAAAUGUCUUUUUCAUCAUAAUAAUAGAUUGAAGGAAAGAAACAAAGAAAUUGUUUCAUGUGUAAGAUUAAUUCUUCUUUUCCUCAGGUAUUCUUCAAUUGAGUGUUUGCAACCAGGGAGAGAUGACCUUCUUUCACGACGAAGCCUUGAGUUCGCAUUGACUGGUGGGAUGAGUCGCCAUUUUACUCUAGGCGAGGCCAAGGUCAUGGACGAGGUCUUAUCGCGAGCUCGCUGUCUAGACAAGGAUGGUUACAUCGUCCGACCAAAUACCAUGUUUGCAGAUAUCCUUCACGCUACAUAUAAACAGAAGAACUUGGCAUGGGUUGGAGACAGAUCUUUCACACGGGACACCACAGUGUGUAGAUGUCCCCAAGCGCACGAUCCAAUUGAUAUCUCGGGGGUAGAGAAAGACGAAGCAUGCUCCCAGGGGUUUAUGUGUGGCGCAGAACAUGCUGACAUUGAUGGCUUCGGAAGCAAAGCAUCUGUUGAGGACUUAAGUCAGACUGUGCUCCGUGAUAUGGACGCUUGGCCUGAGAAAGAUUUUGGACACGCUGGGAGGAUUGCGCCAUUGUCGUCACAGGGCGAAUCGGGGACUUUAAAUAAUUCCACAACGCCAAUACAUUCGGAGAAAGAAUAUGCGCCUUUAAACAAAAUUGCGCCACCGAAGAAAAAUGUAAACAAUGAAAGAGAAACAAGCAAAACUGUUUAUUUUAGAGUGUCAGAAAAGAGGAGAUAUUCACACAAUUCAGUGUCCGACCGUGUCAAUAAAGGUUAGGCUUUAGUCUAGGUCGAAAUCUUUUAUUUAAAACCUCCAUAUUGAAGGGCCAUCAAAAGAUAAAUUUAAGAAACCGAAAAUUUGUUAAAAUGAUCAUCUCAUCUAAGCUUUCAAUACAAUUUUUUUUUAAAUUUAUUAAAUUUCAGAAAAAGAAAUGUGAAAUUUUCGUGUAAAUCUUGGCAGAAAAAUUGAUUUUAAAAUAUUUCAUUUCGUUUUCCUACUUAGGACAAUCAGGGUUAAUUUUGAAGGAGACUGAUCCGUGCAAACAAGACACUGGCGGUGUGCAAGAAACUGUCUCUUCCGUUCAGAACAACACAGAACACAGAGUCACCGUAGAUUCAAAUGUGGCGUUUCAUCCCCCCGCUACAAACGUAGCAAAUGAAGCACCACUCAGGACCCACCUCUUGCCUGGACCAGGCGAGGCUAAAGAAGAAAAAGAACAUUUGGAGCAAUGCUCAUACUGCCUCACAAAAAAGGAGACGAUGCUCAAGUGUUUACGAUGUAGAACUGGGCGGUAUUGUGACAGAAUCUGUCAGAGGAAUGACUACAGCAACCACAAGACAAGUUGCAGUAAGAAUCCAGAGCAUUUAUGUACGACAUCACCAAAUCCAUCCACCAUCAUCUAUUCAUACAUCGUCACAUCCAACCGUUAACUAAGCUACGGGUGUUUCCAGCAGGAGCGACAAAUGCUACAACAUUAGCUUACUUUAUUUUUAAAAAAAAAAUAAAUAAAUAAAAAAUCAGGAACUCAUUGACUGAUCUACCCACUCACUCAUUCACUCAUUUACCAACUCACAAGACCGGAGUAUAUUCUUUAGGAAGAUUAAGCUGGUUUAUCUGACAGCAAAUCCAGUCUACUCAAGCUUGGGGGUUGACCCGGUUUAGUCCACUCAUUCAUCUACCCACCAACUCUUUCAUUCACAAAUCCUUUCACUCACUCAUCUACUCACUCAUAUACCCACUUACUCCUUCAUUCGUUUACCCGAUAUCUCAAUCAUUCACUCAUCUGCCCAUAAACUUAACCGCUCAUUCACUCAUCUACCCACUCACUUACUCACUCAGUCAUCUACCCACUUACUCAUUCGCCAUAAAUAAUUAUAGAUUCUAAUAAAUUAUCCAACAGUCUUUCAAGCGUGGGUUGGAACUAUUCUUUAAAAUAACAGAGAACACAUUAUCAUUCCAGAGAGAGCGGGCAGAUUUCUAGCAGCCAGGGGAAAAAUCCCUGUCAAAUGGUUGUCCACGAUGGAGAAUGAUUUCAAGAAACCAUUGUCCACAGCAUUAAGACAUGUGCCGUCACACGAAGAGUGUAAGCUUGUGGUUUAAAGAAAAGCCUGUUGUUGGUUGUCUUCUCCAGAGGCGUAGCUCGAGUGUUGGGCGCCUGGGGAAAAGAUUUAUUUUAAAGCGCCUCCCUUUCUUUUCUUUUUUUUUUUUUCAAGUUCCAAACCCAUUAUUGUCAUCAAUAUAAUAAUAGCAAAGCACAUUUUGGCGCCCCUAACUAGUCUGGCGCCCGGGGACAUCUGCCCCCUCUUAGCUAUGCCCCUGAUCUUCUCUUAAGAAUAACAAAUGAUAAAACUGAAUAAAGAAACGCGUUUGGUUUGGUUAAAUAUAGCAGACCCUACAACUUAAAUUGUGAAGAAAAAGGGGGAGGGGGUGCAAACCCUGGGCUCUUUAGGUGCUAAAGAUACGUCAUGCAUAAUGACGAUCUCCCAUGUUAAAAUUUAAAAGGUGGGGAGGGGGGAUUAUACAUAGUAAGUGUUUUAAAUGAAAAUUUAAGAAAAAUGUUAUACGAGCGCAUAUUUCGCUGUCUGGAAGCAUAUUUUGAAAUGUAAACUAAAACAUAUUCAUGAUCAUCAGUGGCGCUACAGCCCAUGUAGGGCCCUGGCCUGCUCCAUAUCCGUCCAUUCGGAGCGAUCCAUGGCUUUCCGCCUCCAUGCGCGAACCCCCAACUGGUGUAAAUCCAUCUCCACAUCAUCGAUCCAUCUCAGCCUUGGGCGACCGGUGAGUCGUCUGCCCCUAGGCUUCUGCCUGUAUAUAACUUUUGCUGCCCUACAUUCUGGAAUGUCCUGCCCAGCGUAGUCUGCCUUUUUUUAUCAUUGUGUCUAUGAAACUAAAAGAUAUUAGUAACACAUACUAGUAAAACACAUUAGUAAAACAUAUUAGUAAAAGCUGUUGUUCAUAUAAUGCAGAUAGGAGGUGCGGCUCCAAGAAGUCCAUCAUGCUGGAAAUAAGAGGCAAGCUCCACCAUCCUUUUCUGGGAUCUGUUGAAGUCAUGGUAAGUCACGCGAUCAUGGAUCUGUUGAAGUCAUGUUAAGUCACAUGACUUUGACAAGGGGGGGGGGGGCGCGGACACUGCUCAUGUCAGACCUGUUCUGUUUAUGCAGAGUGGACGUGGCCUUUGCUAUAUUGACAGUUUUUUUUGUUUUUUUUUACUCUUUAAAGUCUUCAGUGUUGAAGGCGUCGCUCGCUCUAAUCUUCCCAGGCGGCUUAGGUGCGAAACGAAAAAGAUUUGACAAUCAUUUUAGAAUUUUGGUGAACUUAAAAGCGAGAGUAUUUUUUUUAAAUAAAGACAGCACUCUCUAAACCAAAUCAGCGCUGGUAAAAUGUAUUUUUUUCCCUUAAACUCAAUGCAAGGCUCAAAAAAUAAUUGUAUAAAAUAUUUUAUAGUUACAUUCGUUCUAUAGUUUCAAGUGCACUAAAAACGUACAUAAGCCAACGCUAGUUAUUAUUAUUUUUUUGGUCAUGUUGUGGGAUGCCUGUUGUAAACUUAGUGGGUUUUUACCCCUUGUAAAUUCAAUAACUAAUUCAGUGGUUCUUAACCUUUUUGGCGGUUCCGAACCCCACCAGUUUCAUAUGCGCAUUUACCGAACCCUUCUUAAUAGGAAAAAUAAAAUAUGAUUUUUUUCCUGAUUUCUUUUUUUACCUCCGCCGGACCCCUGAGACUGACUCACCGAACCCCUGGGGUUCGAUCGAACCCAGGUUAAGAACCACUGAACUAAUUAAUUAAAUUUAACUUGUUGUCUCGGGAAUUACUUUACUCAUUCCGACGGAAUCAUAUAUAUUGCAUAUUUGUAUGAUAAAAUGUUAUGGUAUGGAAUUUAAGGGAAAUGCGUGCUCUUUACAGAUAAUACAGAUUUCUGUUUAAAGUUUAUUGUGUAAAUGUUAUUUCUAUUUAUGGAAAAUACAAAAUUAAAAGAAAACUCGCCAAAUUUGGCCAGAAGGGAAAAUUUCAACAGAAGAGAAAAUUUCAACAGAAGAGAAAAUUUCAACAGAAGGGAAAAUUUCAACAGAAGGGAAAAUUUCAACAGAAGAGAACAUUUCAACAGAAGAGAAAAUUUCAACAGAAGGGAAAAUUUCAACAGAAGAGAAAAUUUCAACAGAAGGGAAAAUUUCAACAGAAGAGAAAAUUUCAACAGAAGAGAAAAUUUCAACAGAAGGGAAAAGGGCACUAAUAACCCCAAUAGACAAAACAAGUUUCCGAACGUCAGUGCACGAGUUUGCAGAGACAUUCCCCUAUUAAAGGUAACAUUCAAAAUAUUGACAAAAGUAAAUUUCCCAAUAAAUUGCAGUCGUUAACUGAGAACAUACUAGGUGACUACCAAAUAUGGAUACAGACAGACAUCAUAAAAAAUGUUAAGAAUAUAAUACGCCAGUGCACAAACUGUAUGUUGACAAUAUAGAAUGGAAUAUGAAAGCAUCAAAAGAAAAUAUCUGUAUGAGAUUUUGGCAUACCCAACAAACUGACGGGACUGAUACUCGUAAUAUUAUUGAACAACACAAAAGCCAAAAUCAAGUUUCAAGGAGAAUCUUCAGAGGAAAUGUCAGAUUAGAAAAUCACUGUCUUGUAUGCUAUUAACUGCUAUUUAACCUAAAAUUAGAGAGAAUUAUAAGAAAUUAAUAUAUUGACACCCGAGGAACAAUAACAUGAUACUUUCUGAAGGAAACCCAAGACCCACCACCAAUGGGCACUCUCUACAAUCUUCCCUUCAGUAUCUUGCAUAUGCUGAUGACAUAGUACUGUUAGGGAAAAGCCUUUAUGGAAUUAGAAGACACAUCACUACAAGCAGUGUUGGAAGUUAACAGCAACACCAAUAAAUAUAAUUUAAAAAUACAGGACUAUGUGAUGAAUUGUAAUGUGUAUUAUAUAUAUAUAAUAUAUAUAUAUAUAUAUUUUUUUUUACUUGUAAAAUCGUAGCAUUCAAAACCAAAUUAACCCCGCCACUUCUUUCUUAUGCGAUGUUAUAAAAUUGUAUAAACUGAGAAACUACGGAACUGCAUUUAUUAAUAAUAAUUAUUUAUUUCUUACACUGCCUUUAAGGAUGAGGAAGGACAGCUGACUUCCAUAUUCUACUUUCGUGACAUGAUGAUAGAAAAUGCCAAUGCAUCCUUCCCUAUAGAGGUGUGCCUGAUUCCAGGAAACUUUAUGAUUCUAACGGAUUUCUUCUGGGAGAUUCUCUCUGACGGUACCCUGGGCAUUCUUGUACACUACGAGGACGAGGUGUACUUUGUUUCACCAGGGCCUCUGCUACCUCUGGCCGACCUGAAGGCUGUCUAUCUGUGAUUCUGCAACAUUUGACUACACAUGCGGACAUUACAGACCCAAGGUUACAGAUUCGUCAAUUUUCCUGAACUGUUUAAGUUUAAAGAUGACCAGAAAUUUGUUGAAACUUUGACGUACAAUCAUUUCAGUCCAAUUGAGUCUUUAUUAUCAAAGUGGGCCUACAAAAUAUGACACAAUUAAACUACCCCUAAAAACAAAUUUUUUCG